UUUGGUAUAAGGGUGGUCGAGCAAGGCGUCCCACGAAUUCUUGCAUGGAAGGGUAAUUUGAUUAAACAUUUCUCGGAACUUGACCGGAAGAAGCGCAACUUAUUUGGAAGGAGACCGUUCAAAAAGGAGCAUGUGUUUGCAACUGAAGUUGGUGCUCCUCAUGGCAUUAUUCAACAAGGAUCAAUAUCAGUAUCUUUCAAAGAGGAGAUGAUGUCAUCUUAUGCUAAUAUUCUACUUUGCACGUUUUAGUCUUGCCUCACUAUGUUGAUCAUUUAGGGCAUCAUUGACAGCGCAGACUGCCACAACAUAAAGGAGUUUGGUUUGCAAAAUGUUCAGGAAGCAAUAACAUCAAAUGUGUUGAACUUUCUAUCUGGAUCCAGACUAUCAUCUCUUUUCGUCGUUAGUGGUCGGGACACCUCUUCAAAACUAGGACCAGUAGUGAAACAAAACAUGGGCAUAAUGAGCAAGGAUGAUAUAACUCAACAGAAAAGUUCACACGAGUAUGGUGAAUGCAGCAAAGUGAAUGAGAACCUCAAGCACGUUAAGAGCAGCAUCAACCACACAACUGUCAAGAUCAAUGAAAACAUAGUUUCAUCAUUUGCACCUACUAAGCCUUCAGUCAUCGGAAUGAGGAACAUCAAGCUUCCAUUGCAACCUAUUGAUGAGAACAGUUUGUCGGUAGUUCAUAAGGGCUCACACGAUGCUUUAGCAACCCCAGAUUGUGUGAUUACUAAAAUUGUUGAACACAACAAUGAAAAGGUGCCUGAAGUGGGAGUAGUGAAGAAGGUCAGGGCUAGAGUGUUCAACACAAUGCAUCAUGAGCAGGAGUUUUCUUUGAUUAACACAUUCCCAGCAGGGUUGAAGGAGCGCAACUCUUUCCUGCAGUUUAGUGUGCAAAACGGCCAGGGCACUUUCACACGCCCCACCAGUCUAACCGGCACAAAAAAUGAUGUUGGAGGUCAGAUUGCACCUCCUGAGGCAGGGCAAAGCAAUUACCAAAUGAUUAACCACAUGCCACCAAUAGGCCGUAUAAAGUUGUUCAGUGAGGAGGACUGCAAGAUUGGCACAAGCAACAACCAUCCUAAGCUCAUGGCAUUAGCAGACAAGAAUUUUUCAAAAACCCACCAAAUCAUUGGCACAAAACAAGCACCAAUCCCAGUGGCCGAUCUUUCUCCCUCUAUGCCAACUAAGAGGAAGGCAGACAUUGUUGAUAUCAGUCCAAGAAGUUUUGGUGUCAGGCAAAUCGAAUUUGCUAAGAAUGCAGAUCAUGUAUACAACAAUCUGAUCGGACCAAUUGCGAAACUUCAACGCCAAUCUACAGUAGGGGUAGAAGAGGUUGUUGAUGUGCCAGACGACAUUGAUAAUCAUAUCAUUAUCGAUGAACUUGCGCUAGACACCAUUAUCAAUCAAGGUCGACAUGAUGAUUUGAUCAUUUUGCGACCAAAAAGUCUCCUGGAACUCCCAAUCAAGGAAAACGAAAGGUUCCCUGUGUCAAACGAAGAGUGCAUGCAUUACAACUCAAUAAUCGAACUUGCAUAUACAAAAAGAAUUCAGAGGAAGUAUGCGUUGACGUACUCGAUGGUUCAUUGCAAUUAUGUAUCACUUGGACAAAGCCUUAUGCCAACCGGGCACGUCGACAACUUUUUGAUCCCUUGCUUUUGUCGGAAGUUCUUCGAGGACCGUCAUCCCUCAAUCUCUGGAAGGCACCAUUUCUUCCCGAAUAUUGGUGAGAACAUACUGAACUACCAAGACGAUAAACUAAGAUCAAUUGCCACUUCGUUUCUGGGGGCAGCAUCAGCAAGUAGGGGUAAACGUCUAGAUUUGUCAAAUACGCUGUUCUUCCCCACAUGUCUCGACAACCAUUGGAUAGUGUUUGCUGUUGAUUUCAAGUGGAAACUUUUUGCUUUCUUGGAUUCUUUUUAUGACAAGGACUCGUAUCUUCACAAGACUAUCAGAGAGAAAUUUAUCAAGAACUUCAUCAAGUUGUGGGAAAUCAUUUUCCAAACAGACCAGCAUAAUUUCAAGAUUUUCAAAAGGAUGUACCCUCAUGUGCCAAAGCAGACUAAUGGAAAUGAUUAUGGAGUGUUUGCAACAAAGAUAAUGGAGAUAUGUGCACCACCCUUGGAUCUGCGCAAGAUUUUCUCACAUGACGACAUCCAACACAUAAGAAUUCAGUACAUGAACCAACUUUUCUUUUGGAAGAAAAACACUGCAGACAAGAGCCUUGUCACUGGUUUCAACUUACAGGGUGACUUCGUCAGCAAUCCUCCAUGACAGCGGUGGCGUUUCUCUGUUUCUAGGCUUGUUGGAUGGGCAUCAAGAGAAGAAGAGAGCUCAUUUAAAACAAUUUUGUAGCAUCAUCUAGAUCAAUUUUUGUGUAGUGUAGUGGUCCGUUGAACUGUUGAGGAAGUUGUCGUUGGUUGUACGAGCAUAUCAUAUUUGUUGUAAAUGCUGGCCACUUUCUUUUUCAUGUAGAUACAAAUGUUUGUCCUCUAUGUCAGAUGUAUAC